AUGCCUCCACGUAGGGUACCUACUCGCAGUAACCCGCAAGGACCCGAGGACAUACAAGGCCAGAUUAACAACUUACGGGACACCAUUACCCAGAUGCAGACUAAUGUAGGGGAAAUGUUCCAAAAUAUUUUGAAUGAAAUCAGGCGCCACCCUCACAACGCGACCAAUAAUAAUAACGUCGCAAGUGGCUCAGGCACUGGAGGAACCGGUAGUGGUGGACCCCAACCGCAACCAGAACAUGGAGCGGCGGGCCAAAAUAAUCAAGAUCUGCUGCUGACAUUUAGGAAGCACAAGCCACCCUCCUUUCAAGGAGGACACGAUCCAAUAGUAGCUGUGCAGUGGCUACAGGCCAUGGACAAAAUAUUCAGAGUGGUUCAAUGCACCGAUGAUCAAAAGGUGUUGUUCUCAGUGUAUAUGUUGGAAGGAGACGCCCAUCAUUGGUGGGCUAAUGCGUCCCAACCCUUGGUGAUGCAAAAUGCGGUAAUUACGUGGGCCAUGUUCGAAGAAAUGUUCUUGGAGAAGUAUUUCCCGAUGUCAAUCCGGGAUAGCAAGCAGGGCGAGUUCGAUCGACUCGUUCAAGGAACCAUGACGGUGGAUCAGUAUCAUGCGAAAUUCAACGAACUACUCCGACUGGCAACUUACCGAGGAACUAUGCCCAUGCCAGACUUUCUGGCAGCAAAAUUUCAAAGGGGUUUAUCCGCUAGGAUUGCGGAACUGGUAGCUGGCAAUGACCCCUGUGACCUAGCCACCCUGGUGAACAAAUGUAGAAAGAUGGAAGCGAUAGGAUUGCAAGCAAGGAAGCCUGCAGAGACCAGCGGAUCUGGAACCAAAGCUCCGAUGGCUAAGAAUGGACAAUGGAGAGGAAAACGCGAAGGCAGACCGUGGCAGCCCAGGCGUGAUGAUAACAAGUUCAAGAGGCCCGGGAAUCCUCGAGGAAAUGGCAACAGAGCUCCCAAUUGCCCCAAAUGUAAGAAGGCCCAUUUCGGCAACUGUUUGAAUGGGUCGACACAAUGUUACAAGUGCGGCCAAGAAGGACACUUCAUCAAAGAUUGUCCACAAUGGGGAGAACAACAGACAACCGCAGAGGCGCCAAGAGUGGGCAGAGUUUACACACUGGAUCAACAUGUGGCGGACCAGGCGGCCGAACUAGUUAAAGGUACGAUCAAUAUAUGUGAUGAAAAACUAUAUGUUUUAUUUGACUCUGGUGCGACCAAUCCUUCAUUGCUGAUUAUGUGGCAAAAGCCUUUAACCUAA